AUGCAGUGGUGGGGGUCCCAUGGAUCUCACUGCACCCCAGGGGGCAGCACUGGCAUCAGGUCAUGCCCGGGAUCUCAUAUUUGGGACCUGUGCCCAGCUGAGCCCGUUGGCAGAGCUGCCCCAGGGCUGUGCACACACGGCUGUGCCCACUUCAGGGUGUGGUGUUCAGCAGCCACUGGUUUGGACUUUGUCUCAGCCCCACAGUAAAACAGGCACUGCUUUCCCUUCCCGGAAACACAGAGCUGCAGGUAGCUGUGCCACCGACACCGUGUGCCUGGGCCAGCAGGAUCUCACUUUGCACUCCGGACACCUCCAGGUGAGCACAGAGCCCACGCAGCCCCACGAAGAGCUCAGCAAAGCAUUGGAUGCUGACAGAGACCAGGAGAUGGACAGGGUCACCCGGCACAUGGUCUUCCAGUACCCACACACACGCGACCAUCAAGGCGAUGCAUCCACAGAUGGAGACGAUGAUGUAUUUGGCUACAGCAGCCAGAAGGAAAACGGCUACGAGCAGAGAACCAGGCUGAAGUCACCCUCGUAUUUCCUGGAGGGUGGAAAGGAUGUGUGGAACCCAUCCCCAGACAGGGAGUCCCAGCUGGAGGUGGUGAGGUCGGGGAGCCUGUAUGACCUCAGGGCUUACAGGGGUGAGAAGAAGCCCUCUAAGAUGUAUGAGGAUGAUGAGCCAGAUCCAUAUAGGCUGCAAACCCUAAACAUCUCCCCUGAAAAAGCAAAGGAGUUGGAGGAUAAGAGGAGGGAGGUGAUCCGGGGCCAGGUGGUGAGGAAGAGCUCCACUAUGGCUGAGAAGUGGAGCUCCAUGGAUGAGCUGAGCUCCAUCACAAGUGGGCAAAGCCCUGGCGUCCCCGGUGCCUUUGCCAUCUGCUUUGAUAAAGCUUCACCAGGCCGGGCUGUGACACCCGUGGACCCAGACAGCAUCGAUAGGGAGCAGAUCAACUUCUCGGCUGCACGGCAGCAGUUCCUCAUGCUGGAAAAGAGCAGCCCUGGUGCUUUGCUCAGCCCAGGGUACACCCCGUCCCCAAGGUCGGAGGUGACGGUCAGAACCUCCAGGCAGGAGUGGCACAGCCCUGACACCAUCACAAGGGCUGAGAGGGGCCGUGGUGACACCACGGGGUCCACACAGGGCAGGAUGGAUCAGAGCAUCUAUACGGUGUACAACGUGCAGCACCAGGCCUUGGGGAAGGAAGAGGGCUAUGGCCACGGGAAGGGUAACACCAACAUCUCCCAUCCCAUGGGGAAAACACUCGGCCUGGCCAGAGCAUCGUCCAGGGAUGACCUGGAUUCAGGGCUGGGGGAGAUGUACAGUGCUGGAUACAGCAGCAAUGGCAGCGAUGUCCCCAACGGCCUCGGGGAUGUGAAGGAUGGUGGGGGCUCAGCGGAGGGCAGCGGUGAGACCCCCAUCGAGAGGGAGAUCCGGAGGGCACUGGAGAGGGAGGAGAGCCUAUGGAAGGAGCGGGGCAUGCAGAGGCUCACAUCCAGCAGCGAGCUGGUGGAGAUCCAGACCAAACCACUGCUGUCCCUGCACACAUCCCCGGCACAGGGAAGGAAAGGGAAGGACAAAGGCCGAGCAUCCUUUAACGUCCAACGGGAAAUAGAAAAGGAAACAAAACGCGAGGAAGACCUGCGGAGGCAGGGCAGGCUGCCGGGGCUGUACGACCGCGGCACACAGCAGGAGCUGGGCGAGCUCCGGAGGGUUUUCGAGCAGGACGAGCAGCCGCCGUCCUCCAACCGCAGGGUGUCCGAGCGGCCUCGGAGCCCCGGAGACGGCCUUAACGACGGCACCCGCACCGGGAGGGCCCUGUACAGCUCUGCGGUGACACCUCCGCACCAACGGGGCCGGGAUGAGCUCUGGUCCUACGAGCGCGUUUCCGCCGGCACAAGGGAGGAUUCAGCGGGAGGAAGGCUGCCCGGCUCCACCCCGAGCCCCGUCCUGCGUAGGGAGCACUUCGCCCUCAGCUUCUGGCAGCCCCGUAUCUCCAUCUCCGACGGUAUGAGCACGAGGAGGGAGCUGAGCCCCGACGGCCGGGACGAGCAGUACACGCUGCGCACGUGGAGGCCGCAGCGCUCGGCGUUGAUCGAGGAGGAGAUCCGAAGCGAUCUGCAGCGAGAGGAGGAGCUGCAAGAACAGCGGAGGAGGCGGCUGAUGGACGGCGGGGACGGCACCUCCAGGGAGAGCUCCCGUUCGAGGCACAGCUCGGCCGCCUCGGGUGCCAGCGGCAGUUAUUCGGUGUCCGUCUCUCCGGUCCCGGCCCCGCAGCAGCCGGGUGUUCUGAGCCUGGUGACAUCCUUCACCCCGCUGCGGCUCAGCUGCUCCGAGAGCUCCGGGCCCGAUUCGUUGCGGUGCAGCCCGUCGGAAGAGAGGAGGAGGAGGACGAAGGAGGAGGGCAAGUACGCGGGCAUCGAACCCAUCGACAGGAUCAACACGGAGGUGGUGGAGAGCACGCGGGUGGUGCGGCACCAGAGCGCUAUGGGGCAGCGCUGGGAGAGCGGGCAGCUGAGCACCGACAGCGACUGAUGGGGGUGGAGGGAUGGGGGCUGUGCAGGUCCGAUCCAUUCAAGGGGGGUGGGGGGGUCUGUGUAGAUCCGAACAGCUGAUCCGAUCCAUUCCACGUCCGUGUUUGCUUUCACCUUGUUCCCUUUGAGGUGAAGCAAUACUUUGUUUUUAUUUAAAGGGGGGAGGGGGGGAGGAUCCGAUCAUUUUGUUUUAAUUACUUCUGCAAGGAGACGGCUGGGUGGAGAGAAAUCAUACGGUGAUGGAAGGUCCUUGUCAUUGCAAGCUGUGCUUCUGGCUUAUAUAAAAAUAAAUGGAGUGGUUUUAGGCUUUCAGGUAACGGCCAAGAAAAGGCCCCAGGGCUGACAUGCAGAAUCGAGGGGAAACGGAGGCUUCAGAUGGAGUCGUUGAUCUGCUGAGGCACGGUGAUACGUGAUGUAUCGAUGCUGUUUAUAUUGCUAAUUUAUUAAAGUCGUAGCUCUCUCUCUA